AUGAUUUACAUCACUUUAUUGAGUUGCAUUCUACAGAGCAUAGCCAAAGAUUGCUCUUUAUUCCCAAGUGAUUAUACAAAGAUAGUUGGAAAGGAAAAUGAAAUAAUUGUCUAAGAUUUAUCUUUGUAUUUUAGUAAUGUUAAAUACAACGACAUCAUUACAUUAACAGACUAAUAUAAUAAACUUACUUUGCUUCCACCAAUUAAUUUAAAAACUACAAUCUAAAUGGCUCCUAAUGGUAUAUUAUCAACUUAAAUAUUUUAGUCAAUAAAUUGAUAUCAUACUCUGUGUUAACUAAUAGUCAAAGUUAAUGGAUUAAUAAGUUCUAAUUACUAGCUAUCAGAAACUAAGAUGAAUAAUUUUUAACAUGGACAGAAAAAAUUGUUGCAGGUACUUAAUAGAGAUACCCUACUUUUGAUAAAACAUUUACAAUUGGGAAGACUGAUGAAGUUAUUUGUUAAUCUUCAGCUAUUUUAGAUAUAUCUCAUUUAAUUAUUGAUUGUUAUCAGGUAAAUGAUUAAGAGCCAUAAACUUAUUUUUAUAUGAUUAGUGAAAAGGAUGCUUAAUAGCAAUUAAAAAUUGAAAAUGUGUAUCCUUAUGAAAAAGAUUAAUAAAGAUACAUUAUAAGCACUGAGAAGUACAUUUAUAGAAUUACAUUGAAAACAAAUAAUAAUCCAUCAAUUAUUGAAUUGUUUUCAUAUGAUUUAUAAAACAAUGAAAUAAAACUAGAAUAGACAAUUAAUUAAGAAUUGAUUUAACAAUAUGUUAAUAUUACUUAAUAUUAAUUUGAUAUGGUUGAUGCUAAAAUUAGUCCAUCUGAUGAAAUUGCUAUUUUAGAUAAGACUGGAAAUGUCUUUUUAUUAAAUUACUAUUCCUCCAAUAAUACUUGGUAAUUUUAUCAAUAAGGAUAUCAAUUAGGUGAAUCUAUUUCUUUUGAUUAUUAAUUUAAGAAUUAAGAAUUUGCAAUCUUAUAAAAAUAAUCUAUCAAACAACGUAAUUAGAUUUAUGAAUCAUAAGAAGACUUAUCAAAUUCAAAACUUCAUUAUACCAAUAAUUUUCUAUUUUUAACUUCUUAAACUUAAAUGAUAGCAUUUGAUAAAUAUUUAUAUCUAAUUUAAAUUGUGCCUGGUGAUUUCAGUAAUGUAAUGACAGACUAAAUUUAAAAUGAUUUCUUAUCCUUCACCAAUACUAAUAUUAACAAUUAUUUAAGUCACUCUAAAUAUCGUAUCUAGUAUCAUAAUAAUGAGUAAGGUAUUACUGGAAAUUCAAAACUAAUUUUAAAUGCAUGUUAAGUUACUAUAGAGUAUUAGACAGUUCCAAUGAACUCUGUUGAUUUAUUAUAAGUAUCAAAAGGAAAUAUUUAAGAUUCUCCAUUUUUUACAGAACGAAUAUUUUUUAGUGAAUUUAAUAUCAGUCCUAGAUAAUUAGUAUCUGGUCCUAAAUAAAAAAUCAGUUUUACAAAGGAUGUUUAAGAUAAUGUUUAAGGAGGUGGAAAUCUUACUUAUAUUGGAGUUUCAGGAGAUAUAUCAGGAAAGUAUGCAAAUAAAAAUUUAAGCUUAACUGACUUGAUCUUUGUUCAAACUGUUUCUAUGGCAUAAUCUUUUGAUUAACCUUAUGCUAUAAUUACUUAAAAUAAACAAAAAUAAUUAACUAUUUAUUAUUGUUCAACUAUUUAAACUGAUCAAUGUUAAAAGUCUUAUCAAGUUUAGUUGGAUUUUGAAAUUACGUAGUAAAAUACUCUAAUCCAAUAUUAUUAUUAUGAAUUUACAUUCAUCACUCUAUUAAAUCAGAGAUCAUUGUUCUAUUAUAAAUUUAUGUCAAGUUAUUAUUCUAACAGAACUAUUACAUUUACAGAUGAUGAUUAAAUCAAAACAAUUGAUAGUAUCUACUUAAAUUAAUAGUAUUUACUAUUAUUUUCUAAAGCAGCAAAAACUAUAGGAGUCUAUAAUUAUUAGAAUGUUGAUUUUCUUUACCUAAUAAACACUGAUAAAUUAAGUUAAUUAGGAUUUCUUAAUUGGGAUCCAUAGAGAUUAUUUUCAAAUGAUUUUAAUUAACUUUUGUUUGUAAUUAAUGGUUAAGAAUAGAAUCAACUUUUGAUGUUGAAUUUAACUAGAACAGAUUUCUCUUUAGGACAUAUCAUGUCCAUUUCAUAAUCUUAAGAUAUUCGAGUUAUCAAUUUUUAUGAACGAUUUGCUAUUCUUUAAUAGUAAGAUAAAGGAAAAUUUACAUUUUAAAUUUACAAUAGAGAAGAUCCUACAAAUAUCUAUCUUGAAAAAACUCCAUCUUUUUAUAAUUAUUAAAUUGAAAGUAUUGACUCAUUCUUUUGGGUUCCAUAUAAUAAUUUAUUGCAUGUUAAAGCAAAAUCAGAAUUCAAAUCUGUUAUUUUAUCAUAUAUUGUUGAAUUAACUGAUCACAAUUCAUUAUAUUGUGUAUAAGAUUGGGAUCCAGCUAAUCAAUUUGUGACAGCAACUUAAAAUACUAUAUUCUAAUUUAAUAAAGAAAAUAUUUGGGUAUAUUAUAUAUAAAGAUAUCCUUAAUUGUAAUAUUCAGUGAGUUUUGAUGAUAAUACUUUCAUUUCUAAUUUAGAUUAUGUAAUAUGUUAUUCAAAUGAAUAAAUUUUAUUGCUUAAAAGAAACUUUAGAUUAGUUAAUACUUAUAUUGAUUUGAAAAUUAAAUAGGAUAAAUUGAAUAUCACAACUAAUUUAACAUCCAAUCAAGAACAUAAUUAUAUUUAAGAUAUGGGUAGUGAUUGGUUUUAAGGAGAGGUCACUAAAUUUGAAUUAUUUAUACCUCAAUUUAAAGAUCAAAAAGCAGAAAUAAUAAAUCCUAUUGAAGUUGUAAAACCAUAUUAUUAAAAUGAAACUAAAAAUGCUGUUGAUUUUGGUACAAAUUAUAUAUUUGUUCUAAAAAAUGAAUCUUAUCUUCUUAUUAGUAAAAAGACAAAUGAAGUUGUAGUUACUGAAAAAAUAACAAAAGAUUAUAUAUGUGAAGACAUAAUAUCAAGUUUUGAUUAAUAAGUCUUGAUUUAAUGUUAUAAAGAUAAAAUAUAGUAUGUUGGUGGAAUUCAAUGCGAAAAUACUAAUUGUAAAAUAGGUAGUUCUUGGUUAUAAAUAAACGAUGAGAUAAUAUCUGGAUAUAUUGAUACUGAAAAUAUCUUUAUUAUUUUGAGACAGGUAAUCUUGGCAUACUCCAAAAACCUUCUAGAUUUAUCUAAAGCUUAAAAUUAUGGUAAAAUAACGGUAGAUGAUUUGGAUAAUUACUAAUAUGGAUUAACUAUAUCCAAAAUUAAGAAUAAUCACUAUCAUGUUUACUGUACUGAUUAUAAUUAUGCUUUUAUUGUACUUGAAUAUAGUAUAAAAAAUGAUCAAAUAUAAAGAACUAACAAAAUUACAUUCAAUUUAUUUGAUUUUAUAAAUCAAGAAUUCUAUAUAUUAAAAGAGACUAUUUUCUCUUGCCUCAGAACAAUUAAUACUUAGAUUACUGACACAUCAUUUAAGGCAGACUUUAUUAUUUUUGCCACUGUUGGUCCUCAUUAUGGAAUGCACAUUGAAUUUUCUUGUGCUGCUGAUUAAUGCAAUUUAUAAUCCAAAAAAAUUGUCUUUGUUUUAUAAGGAUAUGGAUCAUUUAAUAUCUUGGGAUACAUAUUUUCAACUGUUAAAAUAGUUAAUAAUUUCAUUUAAGUUUCUUAUACAGAUUCUGCAAGAAUGAAAUUGGUUUAAACAAUCUAUUAAUUACCUAAAGUAUAAAGUACUCAUUCAGCAGUAAUCUUUUUUGCAGCCUUAAGACCUGCAUUCUAUUAUUAUAAAUAUGAAACAUAAGAGGAAUUGUACUCAUACGAUAAUUAAGUAAUAUCAUUUAUUUAUAAAUUAGUUAUAUUACCUUACUAAUUCAGAGAAGCUUAAUUCAUUAUCUUUGUAUAAAAUUAAUUCAUCUCCAUAACUUUUGAUUGAUGGAAAAUUUGACAGAUCUACAGGAUAUAUUAGAGUUGCCAAUGAUUUCUCAUUUGAUUAAAUACCCAUUACUAUUAGAGGUCCUGGUAGUGAUGAUAAUGAUCAUCCAAAUAGUGAUACUAGUAGUCAUACAGGACUAUGGGUAACUUUGGGUAUAUUGGGAGGUUGUCUAAUUAUUGGAACUGGAUAUUACUGUUACAAAAAGAAGAAAACAAAAGUAGAGACUUUAAUAUGA